AUGGAUUCUUUGACUAAAGAAUGGAACCGGUUGUCGCUAUCAGAACAAGAGGGAGAUACUUUUGAUUUUGGAAACCAAAACCUUAAACCAGGAAGCAUGUUAGCGGCCAAAUUUUUUACAAAACGAGCUCUCAGUAUCGAAGUGGUGGCUCGGACUCUCCGACCACUGUGGAAGAUGAAACACGAGUUUCACAUCAAAGAGCUAGGAGACCAUCUGAUUCUUUUCACUUUUGAGGACGAACUGGAUGCAGAGAGGAUAUUACUUGGUGCACCGUGGAGUUUUGACAAAUACUUGAUUGCUUUGUGCCGAUACGAAACUGACCAGUCCCUCAAAGAUCUUCGUUUCAACACGACAGUCUUUUGGGUCCAAAUACAUGAUCUUCCAGCUCGGAGAAUGACGAUAGAAGCAGCGGAAGGAAUCUGUCAACCCCUUAGGCGGAUUAUCCAUUGUAGCGAUGAGGACGAAACGGAUGGAGGGGAGUUUAUGAGGGUGCGAGUAGAACUUGAUAUUACGAAACCACUUAGUCGUGGGAGGAGAGUGCGGUUUGGCUCGGCCAGUGACGGGUGGGUUUCGUUUCGCUACGAACGUCUCCCAGUUUUCUGCUACUAG